CAGCAGCUGAAACGCCGUGUCAUUUUGACAGCAUCAAGCCGGACCUGUGAGCUGAAAGCCUUCUCUCUCCUGUUGCAGACGAAGCCUCUUCACCAUGGGGAGGAUUGGCAAGGAGGUCGCAGGUCAGAUCAUAAGUUUCAUAGGCCUGGUGGGGGUGGCGGUGACGUGCGGGAUCCCCAUGUGGAGAGUGACAUCCUACAUCGGAGCCAACAUCGUGACAGGUCAGAUUGUAUGGGACGGCCUGUGGAUGAACUGCGUGAUGCAGAGCACCGGUCAGAUGCAGUGCAAAAUGAAUGAGUCUGUGAUGAGGCUCAGUAGGGACCUGCAGGCCGCCCGGGCCCUGGUCAUCAUCUCCAUUGUGUUCGGGGCCAUCGGCUUCAUGAUCACCUUCAUCGGAGCCAAGUGCACCAGCUGCCUGAAGAAAGAAUCGAACAUGGCAAAGGUGGUAAUCACAGCCGGCUGUCUAAUUAUUUUUGCCGGUAUUCUGGUCCUCAUUCCUGUCUGCUGGUCAGCAACCAUCACCAUCACAGACUUCCAGAAUCCCAUUACUGUGGAGGCACAGAGGAGGGAGAUUGGAGCCUCUAUCUACAUUGGCUGGGCCUCUGCUGGGCUUCUCCUGAUCGGCGGGAUCAUCCUAACCACCUCCUGCCCGCCUCAACAACCCAUGUAUGGAUACCCAGGCUAUGGACCACCACCUGCGUACCCUUACAUGGGGCCCGUUGCCAAACCGGCAGUAUACGGCCCUGUGUAUGCCCCGGCACCCAGCCAGCCCUACACAGGAACAGGGUCGUAUGUACCCAGCAAACAGUACGCAGCUCCAACAACAUACUCUGCCAGGCAGUACCUUUAGGACAACUGAACGGACAGAGUGACACUCUUCAUGUAUAGAGACUGAGAACGCUGCCCUAAUGCCAUCAAGAAGUUGUUUUGCAUGAUUCUGCUACUCUAAAGUAUUUAUAUUGCACCCAAAAUAAACAAUUUCUUUUGGUUGGUAUGUAUUCUAUUGCACUGCUGAGAUAAAACCCUGCUCACGGCAUCACUGUGACUUGUAAUUAUUGUGAAUAAUUAUUCUACAGUACUUUUAAUUAUUGUGAAUCAUUGGUAAUAUUGUGCUCUUCUUGAUUUAUUUGUGCUCAAGGAGUUAAAAUCUGCCCUGGACCACAAGGAGAAGACCUUGUAAAGUCUUGAAAGGAAGAUUAGGUUGACAUGGCAAUGUGUUGUUUGUACUUUUUUUUUUUUUUUUUUUUUUUUUUUUACGAGGAGUUUCCUCACUGUACACAGAAGAUUGUUUGGUUCAAAUUAAUGACUUGUGUUGUAUAUGUUCCCUGUAAAUAGCACCUUUUCUUUUGCAAUAAUUCAAAUGAAUUUCAAUAAAAU